AUGCCGGAGGGCGUCACUGAUCCCAACUACAAGCCACUUCCUGGCCGAUUGGGCAACCUUACAGUCACCCAGCAACACGCGCUCGACAAAUUUCGCAAAGAGCUGCAGGAUGAGGAGAUUUUUGUACCAGAGAGAAUGGACGAUGCCUUGCUACUUAGAUUUUUACGGGCACGCAAAUUCGAUGUCGCAAAAGCAAAAGCAAUGAUUGUUUCGUUUGAGCAAUGGCGGAAAGACUUUGGCGUAGACGAUUUGGUUAAGAAUUUCGACUUCAAGGAGAAAGCCGAGGUAGACAAGUACUAUCCCCAGUACUAUCAUAAAAUAGACAAGGACGGGCGGCCCGUGUACGUGGAACGGCUCGGAAAGUUGGACAUACCGAAGCUGUACGCGAUCACGACACAAGAGCGCCAGCUGCAGCGGCUGGUGUACGAGUACGAGAAGAACGUAAACGAACGUCUUCCCGCGUGCUCGAAGGCGGUCGGCCACCCAGUCGAGACGUCAUGCACCAUCCUCGACUUGCAGGGAGUGUCGAUUUCCAACUUCUACCGCGUCAAGGACUACGUUAUGUCCGCCGCGGCCAUCGGCCAGGACCGCUAUCCCGAGUCCAUGGGCAAGUUCUACAUAAUCAACGCGCCUUGGGCAUUCUCCACCGUGUGGGCGUUCAUCAAGCCUUGGCUGGACGAAGUAACUGUCUCGAAAAUUGACAUCAUUGGGAGCGGAUACAAGGACAAGCUUCUCGCACAGAUCCCUCCCGAGAAUCUACCCAAGGAGUUUGGCGGGAAGUGCGUAUGUCCAGGCGGGUGUUCACUGAGCGAUGCGGGCCCGUGGAACACUUCGUCCUGA